CUAAUCCUUAGCGAUGCAAAGCAGCUGAGAGCCUGAGACGCGUCGUUCGUCCCGAUUUUUUUUGCACCACCUACUCCGUCGUGUUUAAACCCUCGAGCUCCUGGCACCGCAAUGGACGUGGCCGUAGCAUCCGGAACUGGCAUUGGUCACCUGCAUUUCCUGCACGUUUUGCUGCUGGAAAGCCCUGGUUUCGCCGGCGGAGUGUAUGGAGCGGGAGGAGGAGCAGGAGGCGGGCACGGGCACGGGCACGGCACAGGCACUGCUGGGGAGGCGCGUGCGCGCGGACACGCGGCACCCCGUGUACCGCGGCAUCCGGUACCGUGGGGGCAAGUGGGUGUCGGAGAUCCGGGAGCCGCGCAAGUCCAGCAGGAUCUGGCUGGGCACGUACCCGGCCCCGGAGAUGGCCGCUGCCGCGUACGACACCGCCGCACUGGCGCUGCGGGGCGCUGAGGCCGCGCUCAACUUCCCCGGCGCGGCCCUGUCGCGGCCCGUGCCGGCGUCGCGCUCCCCCGACGACAUCCGCGCCGCCGCCGCGUCCGCCGCCCGUUCCCAGUCGCCGCAGGUGGGUGGUGAAGCUGCUGCUGCUGCUGGUGGUGGUGGUGGUGGUGCAAGCACGUCGUGGUCCGGUGCCGGUGCCGAUGCACAGGGCCCGGCGCCGGAGCGCCGAGCGGGCGACAGGAGCAUCGUGGACGAGGACGACGUGUUCCAGGUGCCGCGGCUGCUGGCGGGCAUGGCCGAGGGGCUGAUGAUGAGCCCGCCGAGGCUCCGUCCGACGACGAGCGAGCGAGCACCGGAGCGGAGCCACACAGCCACCAAGCACAUCACACGUGGAUAUUCUUUUUUUUUCUCGUUGCUCAAAUCAAAUGAAACCGGCCGGCCGGGGCCGACGACGCUGACACACCUGGGGUCCUCGCGCUGGCACGACACUGACGGUGUCCCCGCGUGGGCGUGCGUCGCGUGCAUAAUGCAACGAAAGAGGCGGCAGCAGCAGCAGCACCGUGUCCCUGUGCGCGCGGUUGGGGCGGACCAAUCACGCAUGACGCAUGCAUGCUUCUCGAUCUCGCGUGUGUUUGUUUAG